AUAUUAAUAACUCCAUAAUAUCCUUUCCUCUUCCCACCUAAAAACUGUCAAUUUUCCCAUCAUGAACUUCACUAAAUUUACCAUCUCUCUCACAUUAUUCCUACUUUUACCGAGUCAACUCACCCAAGCCCAACCCAGUUCACCCGGGCACAAUGACCCGCCCUAUGGAGGCAACUUUAACCCAUCAAUGGGCGUCAUCAUAAUCGUCCUCAUUGCAGCUAUGUUUUUCAUGACUUUUCUCUCAAUAUACCUCCGCCAUUGCUCCGAAGAAUCAUCAUCAACCAGCAACAAUGGUGUUAUGGGUCGGGCCAUCGGGUCAAUAAGACGCUCCCGACGAGUCCAACGUGGACUCGACCCGAAUAUAAUACAAAACUUCCCAACGUUCGAUUAUUCAGCCGUUAAAUCCUCAAAAAUCGGAAACGACGCUUUAGAAUGUGCCGUUUGUUUAACGGAAUUUGAAGAUAACGACACUUUACGUUUAAUCCCUAAAUGUGACCACGUGUUUCAUCCUGAUUGCAUAGAUGCUUGGCUUGUGGGCCAUACUACUUGUCCUGUUUGUCGCUGUAACUUAUCUAAUAUUACCGUCGGAGAACCAUUAAACGACGUCGUUGUAGACGUAAACGACGACGUAGUAGGAUUAGGAAGAGAAGAAGAUAUUAAUAACAAUGAUUCAAUGGAGGAGCCCUUACAUGGAAGAAUGAAGAAGAACCGUACGAUGAGGGAGUUCAAUGGACGGUCAAGAUGGAUAGGGAAGAUGAGAAAAUCAUUUUCAACAGGACACGUGGCGGUUAAACAAUGGGAGAAUUUGGAGAGAUUUAGGUUAAGAUUACCGGAUGAUGUAAGGAAGCAAAUAAUAAUGAGCGGGAGAUUGGAGAGGGCUCGAAGUUUGGUUGUUUUGCCUAGAGAAAGUAGUUCAAGAAGUGGUUUCCGAACCGGGUUUAGAGAAGAGAGUAGUAGAAAUGGACGGGUUGAUUGAGCCGCCCGGUCUGAUGGUGGGUUUUGCCUUUUGUAACCAAAGUCACAGCUGCGCCUACAAGUAGGUAGGGUCAACUCUGAUUUUUUUGAGUUCUGGGCAAAAUAUUAAAGAAAAAUUAUCCAAAUUAAUUUUAUAAAUCGUCCAUUGUUAAUAAUCUUUAAUAUAAAUUAUUUUUAAAUAAUUUAACUUUUGUAUAUUAUUUGUUAAGAGCACUUAAUUCUGCAUUUUAAUCGGCUACUAUAAAUACCUACUAGUCGUUACGCUCAUUUCUUCUUCCCCUUGUACUUCUUCGUUGGUCUAAUCCUACACAUCUUUGGUGGUAGGUACCUAUA